AUGAUGAUGAUACGUGUUGUCAGGUGGAUUGGUAAACACCUUUCUACACUCAAUUGGUUCGAAUCAGAUACGAAUGACUUUGAAACAGUACGACGUGAACGUUUAUCUACGCGUGUUUAUAUUUGUUUAAUCAUAAUUCUGUCUGCUGUUUUGAUUAUUUACACUGGUUUUAAAAUUCGCACCGAUGUUCUUAUGAUUAAUCAUCCAAAUCUUGAUCAAUUCGAACAUUUAUUCGAACAUUUCAGUGCUACUCUUCGAUGUUCGUGUUCACAAAUAGCGAUUCCUUACGAAACAUUCGUAAAAGCUGUAGUGCACUUUCAUCCAGUAUGUUCAAGUUCUUUUGUUUCAUUUGAUUGGAUUCGAUCAGUCUAUGCAGCGAAUAUUACCUAUAUUUGGCCAAUGGAUACGCGUACGAUGUUAAGUGCAUUUUGGCAAUUGAUUUCUGCCUUUUGUCGAAAUAUAGACGAGAUCGUGACAAAUUCAAUUUCAGAUUAUAACGCGUCGACAAUAUUCAGUCCACAAGUCUUUUCAUCGAUUGAAGUUGAAACACGAGCAAAAACAUCUCUCGAUUUGGUUUUAACUUCAGCUCAGACUGCAAUAGCACGAACUUUGCUCACUAUUCGUCGUGUAAUCUCCGGUAAUCAACUUAUUUCUGGUUUAUCUACAAAUGCCAAUCUGCAAACCAGUUACUCAUCACAAAAAAGCCAAUGGCAAGUAAUUCCUAAAAUGAAUGUUUAUGAUAAUUGCUCAUGUAUGAACAUGAACAGCUGUGUCAAACCAUCUGGUUUGUAUCAAUAUGAUACAUGGAAUACGAACGGUAUUUACAAUGACAUCAGUUUUAACACGAGCGUACUAGGAAUGAUGUUUGAUUGCUAUCCAAUUGACGCUGUGCUUGCUUCGACAUUACAAUGCUAUUUUACAUCAAAUUGUUUGGAACGAAUACAUCCGACAAUGAAUGUUACACCAUUAUCGUUGACAUCAUCUUCACAAUUUGAUAUUAGUUCGACUAUUCAAACAAUACUUGAUGAAUUAUUUAUUGACAGAGUCGAAGUUCAAACAUCAUUUGUCUCGUACUAUACACACUGUAGUCCUUCGAUAUGUACGUACAUUUAUUCGCGACGGUUCGAUGGAGUCUUCAUGUUCACCUCAGUUGUUGGUAUUAUGGGAGGAGCAGCCGUCAUUCUCAAAUUGCUCUCACCAUUGCUUGUCAAAGGAGCUUUGCUCGUCAAACAACGAUUUCAAUCCACACGACCCGUCGUUGAAUCCAUUCAUCCAAAUUCUCACACUCAUAAACAAACAUUCAUUUUCUUGCUUCGGUCUACACCAAAUCGAAUACUUGAACAAUGCUCAAGACUGAACAUAUUUGAUACCUACACUCGCGAUGCGAAUGUUCUGUAUCGUCAACGAAUGGCCACUCGUGUUUACUUUGUUUGUUUAUUCAUCUCUAUUAUUAUUUUGGGUUUUUACACAUUAUUUUCUGUCGAAAUCAAAAGUAUUUCAAUGUCCUUUCCAUCACAGGAUACGUUUACUGAUUUAUAUGCCAAACAUCGUGAUUCACUCAAAUGUGAAUGUUCGCAACUAUCGAUCAGUUACAGUGAGUUUAUUCAGAUUACACCUUCAAUGCAUCAGCUUUGUUCGAGUGAAUUUAUUUCUCCAACAUGGUACAAUCAGUUUUUUCAACAAAAUCUGUCGUUGUCUUACUACUCGAACGUAUACGAUCCUAUUUGGCCUUUAUACUUUCCACUACUUCAAUCGUUUUGCUUUCUCAUCAAUCGUACAAUUACUGAUUCACUAAAUGAGUUUGCUGCCACGUCUUUCAUCAAUAAUGAAAUUUUACCUCGAUGGCAAUUUGAUCAACAAGCACAAAUACUCAUUGAUACAUUUACUAACUCGACUGUAAGCGAAUUUACACGUAUGUUUGCUUUGAUACGAAAUGCAACUGCAGCCAGCCAAUUUGUCAUUGUGCCCAAUUCUAAUGGACAGUUCACUGUAAGAUCAGAUGGUCAAAUAAUCAUACAUAUAAACAACUGGGCAAUUUUCGAUUUUAAUAAUCCAGGUUCUUCUGUCUUAUCUUGCACUUGUAACUCUGAUACUAGUGAUUGUGUGCAAACGCAACGUAUUUAUGAUAAUUCAUCUGCAUCUUUCUACUACUUAACAGGAUUAUACAUCGGCUGUUUAACAAUGGAUGGUUUGAUGGUUUCUACACUUGAAUGCUGGUUUGAUUCAAUCUGUUUUAAUAAAAUUCGCCGAUGGUUAUUUGAAAUACUAAAUACUGAUUUGUUGAAUAUUACACCAUUAGAUGUCAAUCUUCCUAGUCGUUUUCCACCUCGAACACCGAUCAAUCAGUUAAUGAAUGAAUUAUUUCUUGAAAAUUGGAAUAUCAAUACUUCAUAUGAAAAGUUUUACUCUACUUGUAAACCUAAAUCGUGUGAUUAUACAGAGGAAGAACGAUAUGAUAUUAUUUAUGCUCUAUUGACGAUUAUUGCUACCUCUGGUGGUUUGAGCAAAGGAUUAAAGAUGGUAGUACCAUGGAUUGUACGACUUGCAUUGAUUUGUUUUAGAUGGAAAUGUAAGAAAACAAAUCAAGAGCAGAAUAAUACGACAGUCACGCGGACAUUUCCUGUGUACGAACGAUUCAGGCUAAAACUGUUAUCUGUUAAUUGGUUUGGUACUCGUUCAAGUACAAUCGAGACAUUGCAUCGUGAACGUCUUUAUACACGAAUUUAUAUAGUACUUUCAUUGUUAUUUAUAUCGAUAUUAAUUAUAUUUACAGGUCUCUCUCAACGAAGUGAUACAAAAUCUGUAGCGAAUCCUUCGAUAGAAGAGUAUGAACGAUUAGAAAGCCUCUAUACCGAUACUCUUCAAUGUCCUUGUUCGAAAAUAGCUCUCGCUAAUCGGUUGUUUAUUACACAACUAGAAGCAACUUUGCAUCCGGUGUGUUUGAGUAGUUUCGUCAACGGUCAUACUCCUUGGAUCUAUUGGAUCAGUGGAAGAGGUUAUGUCAUGGACUGGGUUUAUUCGUCUGAUUUUCGCCGAUGGGGAAGUGCAUUUUUUAUUUGGAUCGGAUCAUUUUGCACGUUAGCGAAUAUCACUAUAAAGAGUGCUGUGACAAACUUUCAAUCGGAAUCUCUUCUUGUGAAUCAACCAAUGACUCGUACUCAAUUUGAAUAUCAAAUCAACCUGCAAAUUGAUCGAUUUUUAAAUGAUACACGCAGUAGUUUUGUUCAAACACUCAAAUUCUAUCAAGAUAUUAUACAAGGAAAUGCUCUGAUGUCAUUUUAUGCGACAAAUUGGAUCCCAGUGUCAAAACAACAAUACAAUACGAGUGAUAACACGAUUCGUGUUGAACCAAUCACCUACAAUUCAUCGUGUUCUUGUGCCACCUCACACUCUUGUCUGGAGCCCGCUGGCAUCUACGCAUGGGAUGGAACAUUGCUCUAUGUAGUCGAAGGUGUUCAACAUGGUUGUUCUUUGCUUGAAUCAUAUUUAGCAUCAUCCCUUUCGUGUUUUUAUUCAAAUUCCUGUUUAGUUUCAUUGUUUGCGGCAACAGCACUUGGUUAUCCGAAUGAUGCGAACUCAACACCAUGGAAUAGCCCUUACUAUAGACCAAACUUUCAGCCAUUGAACAGAUCAUCCAUACAGCAUUUCUCGAUCAAUGAUACUUUUUCGACUAUUGUCAACGAACUUUUCAUCGAUACUUGGUCCAUCAACAUAUCGUACGAGUCAUUUUUUAACGAAUGUGCAGCCCGUUAUUGUACUUAUUCAAUCGUACGACGUUUUGAUUUUCUUUACGUAGUGACAACAUUUCUUAGUCUUUUCACUGGAAUAUCAUUUAUUCUUCGUCUUGUCAUACCUCGGCUAGGAAUCAUCGUGAUUUUAUUGAAAACUCGAAUACGUAUUAAACCAGUGAUGGGAUCGGUUCGAUUUCAAACCGAACCGAACUAA